UCAGUUACACAUAUUAAUUACUAUCUCGAGUUUUAAAAAUUAACAUUAUAUUUAUGUUGUGUUUGUCUACGUGGGGUUCAACCCCAUUUACACUCUUACUGGUGAUUCAUCUUUUUUGUCUGUUGAGGGCAUAAGACAAGUUUGUGUUAAAUUUCGCACUUCUAGGACAUCGAGUAGAUGAAAAACAAAAUAUAGUUCCUCUAGGGGUUGCAAUCCCAUUUCACCCUCAAUGGAUGUUUUAUCUGUAUGCAAACGCUUUAGUUUGUCUAUUCAAGUCAUAAAGCAUACUUGUGUCGAGUUAAAACUUCCUCGGAUAUAGAGAGGUUUGAGAAUCAGUGACGAAUGAUUUGAGUCCCUUUUAUGCAAUAUAGGGAUAGAUAUAUUUAAGGUAUCACAGACUUACACAGUUAGGUUGGGAAUAACAUGUUAUUAAGUGUUUCACUGUAAUAAAGAAUGAUUAGUAUUUACGUCAACUCUCUAGACCAGUAGUUAUUACUCAGGCUGGAGACGGACAAAUGAACAGACGGACAGCGACCAACGGAGAGAGUGACACACAGACAAACGGACAGCGACCAACGGAAAGAGUGAUAGACGGACAGACAGACAAUUGAACAGACUGGGAACGGACAAAAUGGCAGACGGACAAACGGACAGAUUAACAGAUGGACAAACGAACAGACGGACAGCGACCAACGGAGAGAUUGACAGACAGACAAACGGACAGCGACCAACAGAGAGAGUAACAGACGGACAGACGGACAAAUGAACAGACUGACAACGGACAAAAUGGCAGACGGACAAACGGACAGAUUAACAGAUGGACAAACGAAUAGUCGGACAGCGACCAACGGAGAGAGUGACAGGCAGACAAACGGACAGAUUGACAGACGGACAAACGAACAGUCGGACAGCGACCAACGGAGAGAGUGACAGGCAGACAAACGGACAGCGACCAACAGAGAGAGUAACAGACGGACAGACGGACAAAUGAACAGACUGACAACGGACAAAAUGGCAGACGGACAAACGGACAGAUUAACAGAUGGACAAACGAAUAGUCGGACAGCGACCAACGGAGAGAGUGACAGGCAGACAGACGGACAGAUUAACAGAUGGACAAACGAAUAGUCGGACAGCGACCAACGGAGAGAGUGACAGGCAGACAAACGGACAGAUUAACAGAUGGACAAACGAACAGACGGACAGCGACCAACGGAGAGAUUGACAGACAGACAAACGGACAGCGACCAACAGAGAGAGUAACGGACGGACAGACGGACAAAUGAACAGACUGACAACGGACAAAAUGGCAGACGGACAAACGAACAGACGGAUAGCUACCAACGGAGAGAGUGACACACAUACAAACGGACAGCGACCAACGGAGAGAGUGACAGACGGACAGACGGACAAAAUGAACAGACUGACAACGGACAAAAUGGUAGACGGACAAAUGAACAGGCGGAUAGCGACCAACGGAGAGAGUGACAGACGGACAAAUGAACAGACUGACAACGGACAAAAUGGCAGACGGACAAACGAACAGACGGAUAGCUACCAACGAAGAGAGUGACAGACAAACAAACGGACAGAUUGACAGACGGACAAACGAACAGACGGGCAGACUAAGAGACGGUCAGAUGGACAAACUGACAGACUGAAAGACGGACAAACUGACAGAUUUACAGACGGACAGAUGAACGGAUUGCCCUUUGACUUUUCGACCAAAAAAUUUGUAUUUAUUUUGAUAAUUUCUAAAGAAAUUAAAGACAUUUAAAUUGGUAUUUUAAAUCGUACCGGUUUAUAAUUAACCCAUAAUUGAUAACAAGCACCUUUGGAGUCCAGGGUGUAGGCCUACGUCCAGCAGAGUAAGAUGUAAAAUAAUCAAUUAAGAAUUUUAUUCUGUUUAUUAAUUAAUUAAUUAAUAAACAGAACAAUUACAAUUAUUUAGUUAAUUAAUUGUAUUAUCUUCAACACUAAAAGUACUUGUAUGAUCUGCAACUACACAUUACUGUCAGCCCCACUACAUGAAUUACAGACCAUAUAGCUAGUACUAGAUUGAACUUAAUAUUCAUAAUAUUCAUUGUGUUGUAGAGUUAAUGAUACAUCCAAACACAGCCAAAAUAAAAUGUCAAUAUUUUAAUUGAAUAUAAACGAUUAAUGUUGUUUAAGCGGGAUAUACACAUUGGUUUGUAAUAGUUAUCUAUCUUAAGUUGACGGGUUCCUGUUAACGUUCAAGGGUACGACUAAAAUGGCCUCACCUUGAAGUUAUUAUUAACUGUAUGGAGCACUAACUUAACUGGUUGGCACUUCAUAGAUCACACUUAUAUAAAUCAAAUAGCAAAAUAUGACUUGUUACAGUAUGUAGAUAAAAAAGGCUAGAAAAUGAAACGUUUUUUACAUUUAUCAAAAAAAUUUAUUUCCUUAGAUAAUUUAUUAAAAACAAGUUACUUUAUUCAAUAGUUUUCGUUAAAUAAUAUAAUUUUUAAAACUUAUAAAUCACAGAGAACAUGCCACUUCCUGAAGUUGUAACGUACAAUGUUUCAAGUUGUAACGAGAAAAAACUUUAAAGAAUUAUUUGAAGGAAUUGUGUUUUUAUGAAUGAGAAAACGUGCCAUUUUAUGGUCAGUUUUCAUUCAAUGCGUAAAAUGCAUAUUCAUAUAUAACGGUUUUCCUUUUGGACUGAUU